AUAUACCAACUCGAGAGACAAGUUUAAUCACAGAAAAAAAAAGUUUGCUGUUGAACAGAAAAAAACAAUGGAGAAUCUAUUGGGACUUCUCAGAAUUCAUGUGAAAAGAGGUGUGAAUCUCGCCAUUAGAGAUAUCUCAAGCAGUGAUCCUUACGUCGUCGCUCACUCAGGAAAACAGAAGCUUAAAACACGCGUGGUGAAACACAGUCUUAACCCCGAGUGGAACGACCAUUUAACGCUUUCUGUGACCGAUCCAAAUCUCCCUGUUAAACUUACGGUUUAUGACUAUGACGUGCUCUCGGCUGAUGACAAGAUGGGUGAAGCUGAGUUUAACAUUGCUCAAUAUCUUGAAGCCAUUAAAUUCCGCCAUACGCUCGAAGGAGGACUUCCCGAUGGGACGAUAAUAAUGAAGAUAGAACCGAGCAGACAAAAUUGUUUGUCUGAAGAGAGUCAUAUUGUGUGGAACCAAGGCAAACUUGUUCAGAAUAUGUUCCUUAGGCUUCAGCACGUGGAAUGUGGAGAAGUCGAGAUACAGCUCGAGUGGAUCGAUAUCCCCGGUUCAAGGGGUAUUUAAGUCAGACCCCGCUUAGGACGUGUGCUGAUAGUGCAAAUGCACAGAACCCCACAUUUUUAUUAGUUUUUCUUCCUCUUUUAAGUCUUAAUUGAUUCUUUGUAAGAAAAAGUUUUUAUAGACCCAAAAUUUGAUUUAAAGAAUUUGGGCAGCA